AUGUCUUACAAAGAAAGUAACAAAGGCUCAGCCGUGGCUAUGGAUAAUGGGAAAUACGUUCGAUACACGCCCGAGCAGGUGGAAGCUCUCGAGCGGCUUUAUCACGACUGCCCUAAGCCGAGCUCUAUGCGCCGUCAGCAGCUCAUCCGUGAAUGUCCCAUUUUAUCCAACAUUGAGCCCAAGCAGAUCAAAGUUUGGUUUCAGAACAGAAGAUGCAGAGAGAAGCAAAGGAAAGAGGCAUCAAGGCUUCAAGCUGUCAACAGGAAGCUUUCGGCCAUGAAUAAACUUUUGAUGGAGGAGAAUGACAGGUUGCAAAAACAAGUGUCACAGUUGGUGUAUGAGAACAGUUACUUUCGCCAGCAUAAUCCCAACAAUGCACUUGCUUCUAAAGACACAAGCUGUGAAUCGGUGGUGACGAGUGGUCCAAAAAACCACUUGACACCUCAGCAUCCGCCAAGGGAUGCUAGUCCUGCAGGGCUUUUGGCCAUUGCAGAAGAAACUUUAGCAGAGUUUCUUUCGAAGGCUACUGGAACUGCUGUUGAGUGGGUCCAAAUGCCUGGAAUGAAGCCUGGUCCGGAUUCCAUUGGAAUCGUUGCUAUUUCUCAUGGUUGCUCGGGUGUAGCAGCACGAGCAUGCGGCCUAGUUGGCCUAGAGCCUACCAGAGUUGCUGAAAUCUUGAAGGAUCGGCCUUCAUGGUUUCGCGACUGCCGAGCCGUUGAUGUCUUAAACGUGCUGCCUACUGCCAAUGGUGGAACCAUAGAACUGCUCUACAUGCAGCUAUAUGCGCCGACAACUUUGGCGCCAGGUCGUGACUUUUGGUUGUUACGCUAUACUUCUAUUAUGGACGAUGGGAGCUUAGUAAUUUGUGAAAGAUCACUCAGCAAUACCCAGAAUGGUCCUAGCAUGCCGCCAGUUCAGAACUUUGUGAGGGCAGAGAUGUUUCCGAGCGGUUAUUUGAUCAGACCUUGUGAUGGAGGAGGCUCAAUAAUCCACAUUGUAGAUCACAUGAAUUUGGAGGCAUGGAACGUUCCGGAGGUGUUACGCCCUCUCUAUGAAUCCCCAGCUGUGCUUGCUCAGAAGACCACAAUUGCUGCUCUUCGCCAGCUCAGGCAGAUGGCCCAUGACAUCUCACAGUCUAGCGUGACCAACUGGGGCCGAAGGCCAGCAGCUCUACGUGCACUUAGCCACCGAUUGAGCAGGGGAUUUAACGAGGCUCUUACUGGGUUUGGUGACGAGGGGUGGUCGUUAAUCAGUAAUGACGGCAUGGAUGAUAUCACGAUUCUGGUGAAUUCCAGUCAAGAAAAAAUGAUGGGCUUGAAUAUAUCCUUUUCUAGUGGAUAUCACUCGAUUUGUAAUGCUGUCUUGUGUGCCAAAGCCUCAAUGCUUCUACAGAACGUGCCUCCGGCAAUAUUACUAAGGUUUUUACGGGAGCACAGAUCCGAGUGGGCAGAUGUUAAUAUCGAUCCUUACCCAGCUGCUGCUGUUAAAACCGUACCACCUUGUACUUUCCUGGGUCCGAGGUUCGGGAAUUUCGGGGGUCAAGUUGUUCUUCCCUUGGCCCAGACAAUCGAGCACGAAGAGCUUCUUGAGGUAAUUAAGUUGGAAGGCAUUGGCCAUUCUCCUGAAGAUGCAAUGAUGCCAAGAGACGUGUUGCUUUUGCAGGAAGCCACUAGCCCGAAUCGAACAUUGGACCUUGCAUCUGCUCUUGAAAUCGGGACAGGUGGCAGUAAAUCGUCUCACGGCAUGUCCAAUGCGAGCGGGACAUCAAGGUCCGUUAUGACAAUCGCGUUUCAGUUUGCUUUCGAAAGCCACAUGCAAGAAGAAGUGGCAAACAUGGCCCGACAAUAUGUCCGCACCAUUAUUUCAUCCGUUCAAAGGGUGGCUUUGGCUCUGUCCCCAUCAAACAUGGGCCCAAAUAUCGGGCUUCGGCUUCCGCUUGGAACUCCAGAAGCCCAAACCCUGGCCCGUUGGAUCUGCCAGAGUUACAGGAACUAUAUGGGUGUGGAUCUUCUCAAAUCAAAUGGCCUGAGCAGUGAAUCUAUGCUUAAAGCUCUUUGGCAUUACUCGGACGCGAUUCUUUGUUGCUCCCUUAAGGCCAUGCCCGUUUUCACGUUUGCAAAUCAGGCUGGUCUAGACAUGCUGGAGACUACACUUGUCGCACUUCAGGAUAUCUCACUCGAAAAAAUAUUCGACGAUCAUGGCCGAAAAAAUCUAUGCUCCGAAUUUCCACAGAUAAUGACUCAAGGUUUUGCAUCCCUUCCGAGUGGUAUAUGCUUGUCGAGCAUGAGCCGGCCGGUGUCCUACGAAAAAGCAGUGGCUUGGAAAGUGAUGAACGAGGAAGAAACUGCCCAUUGCAUCUGUUUUAUGUUUGUCAAUUGGUCGUUUGUUUGA